CAUAGGCACACUAAUUCCACCAUAAAUCAUUCUCAAAAGUAAAGUCAUCAUGAAAAGAUGAUACAAAUUCUCUCCUUUCAAUACCCGCAAUAUUACUCAUGCCUUGGGGACAUAUCAAAAUAGUAACCAAGAAAAGAUAAGAAGCAUAUAUAGAACGACACAUAGGGCAACUUUAUUAAAUCAAAAUGGUAAAGUUUCAGUCAGAUUCUUAACAAAGAAUCUACUGCCUACGUAAAGUAAAAAAAAGUUGUUCACCACUUCACCUGCUGCACAAGCUAGCCAGCUGCCGCUCUUUAAUUCACACUUCUUUUUGUCACACUAAGUCAUUCCAUUGUGACUUUUCUACCUCCAAGAUCCAAAGAAACCCAUUGAGCACUUAAAUAUUCUCUCAUUUGAUCAACAACAUUGGCGGGGGAAUAUCAUGGCAUCUAGAAGAAUUGAGAUGCUGCUGAGCAUGUCCCUUGUGAUGGCUCUUUGGGGUGUCACAUUGGCUCAAUCUGAUCAAUCAAGUUGCACCAAUGUGUUCAUAAGUCUUUCUCCCUGCCUUGACUAUGUAACAGAAAAUGCCUCUAUCCCUUCUUCUUCUUGUUGCUCUCAACUUGCCUUUGUGGUGAGGUCACAGCCACUAUGCCUAUGUGAGGUUGUUAAUGGUGGUGCAUCAUCUAUUGCUGCAAGUUUCAACAUCAAUCAGACUCGAGCUUUGGCACUCCCCACUUCUUGCAACGUUCAGACACCUUCUAUUAGCUCCUGCAGUGCCUCAGCUUCUUCCUCUCAAGGUGUUUCUGUUUCCAACUUUCCGAAUUCCCCUUCAGGAAUUGGAUCUAACACUGUUUCAUCAACGACCGGAGGCAGUAGAAGUGUCGGUGCCUCAUAUCAUGGAAAUUCAAGUUCAACAAAAUUGCCAUGUUCUUUGUUUGUCAUGUUUGUCCUUGCAACGACUUUGACUUUCACAUUCAAGACCACGAUCUAGACAACGUCUCUGCACAUUUUUAAACCUUCUUAUUAUCUUCUACUGCUUCGAGCAUACCCACUGGUAUCAUUUGUCCUUUAUUCUUAUUAAAAAAAAAAAAAACUUAGGAUUAAAAUUUCCCCUGUAUAUUAGAUGUAAAUUUUUAUUUCUAUUUUUCUUCUAGUGAUGUCUAAGAUAUAUAUGUGCUUUGAUUCUUAGUUUCUAUCGGGACAUACUGCCAAAAUUCUGGCCACUGCCAAAUUUUGGGUCAACCAUGCACUGAGUUGGAACAAUACUCUCUAUUUCAUUCUACGUUUCUACCAUAUCUAGAAAGUUAAAUGAGAAAAUUUCUUGAAAUUA